CAACCGCCUGGAGGGAGCGCUCCUGUCACCCAGGCCUCCGCCUCCACUUGGAGGAGGGGCCGCGCAGGCGCAGUUCCCGCUCUCUCGCCUCCCAGCGGGGAGGGAAGACAGAACCCGGAAGGAGGCGCAGAUGCAGUCGGCUGCCAAGGCUUUUGGCAGGUGUUCUAGGCCCUGCAAAACCGGUUGGCCUACUUUCCUCAGGUGGGGGCGGGCACGACUCCCCACCUGCGGACUGAGCGCCUGGGUCUUUCACGAUGGUGCUGGCGAACUCGAAGGCCGCAAGGGAUGCAACCGCCUACUUCCGGACGGCCAGCCCGUUGCCCUCGCUGGUCACGGGGCUGGGGCUGGGAUACUUAGCGUGGGUUGUCCUCUGGCCGCAGAGCAUCCCUUAUGAGAGCCUUGGGCUCCUGGGCUCUUUCACUCAGUACCUGGUGGACCGUCAUCACACCCUCCUGCACAACGGGUAUUGGUUUGCCUGGAUGAUUCACGUGGCAGAGUCCUUGUAUGCCAUGGUGCUGUGCAACCCCAUCCUAUAUCGAAGUGCCAGGAAUCAGAUCCUGGCUGUGGUCUUAAUUCCAAUUUCCUGCUGAUGCACACCCUCGGAGGCCUCAGAUGAUGCCUCAAGCCCAUGGGUCCCUACCACUCAUGUGACAGACCCAGAUACUGACCGAGUUCUCAGCUCCUGGCUUCAGCCUGCUCCAGUCCUGGCUGUUGGUGGCAUUUGAGAGUGAUCCAGCAGGUAGGAAAUCAGUUUCUUUCUCUCUCUCCCUCUCAGCCUUUCUGCCUUUAUUUCAAAUAAAAUAAUUUUUUAUAAAGUUUGGUGAAUAGUUUUAAAUUUUGCAUACUAUUCCUCUAGUUGUAUAUUCCAGAAUUCAUUUAGUUAAACUAGCAGUGAAUAUUUAACUUUAAAAAACAUUUUUCUUUUGUUAAUGAUUGUUUAGUUUUAUUUGAGAGAGAGAACUCCACUCCACUCACUCAUGCUCCAGAUAUCUCCAGUAGCUGGAGCUGGGCCAGGGCCAAAGUUAGGCUCCAGGAAAGCAAUCCAGGUCUGCCUUUGCAAUCCAGGUCUCCCACAAGGCAGGGACCCUACUGCUUGAGCAAUCAGCACUGUGAUGUGGGAGGCAGAUUCUUUUAUCACUGGGCUAAAUUCUACUCCCUGGGUCUUAGGUCUUUAAUCUACCUGGAACUGACUUUUUGUGAGAGGCAAGUAUUCAACUUUAUCUUGAUAUUUCUAUAUGGAUGCCCUGUUUUCCCCAAGCCACUUCUUGAGACUUUCACUCUUCAUUAAUGUGCUGUGGCUUAUAGCCACAUAUAUGUCUGUGUUUCUGAACUCACUGUUCUUUUCUGUUGGUUUGCUUCUUUGUCCUUGGGCCAGCAUAACAUUAUCUUACAGUAGUAGCUUUGUAGUCACUGACACCUGAUGGAGCAUGCCCUCUCACCUUGUUCAGAGUUACCUGUUCCUGGGCCUUUGCACAGCCUUAUGCAUUGUCAUGUGCUUCAAAUAUGAAAAAUUUAUCUGUUGGCAUUUUUAUUAGAUUGACCAUAUGAAUUAAUUUGUAGCAGAAUGGCAUAUUUCCGUUAUUAAGUCUUCUAAACCAGGAAAAAUGAUUUGUCUCCAUUUCCUUAGAGUUUUGUGAUGUUUUUCCUAUUCUUUAUUUGGUUAAUAUCCAGCUUCCUGUACUUUCAGAUGUUGUUAUAAGUGACUUUUCCUUCAUUUUAUCAUUGUUUGAUGGUAGCAUAUAUGCAUAUAGUCAGUUUUAUAUAUUGACCUUAUACGUAGCAACCUUAAAAUUCAUUUAUUAAUUCUAAUAGUUCAUCUAUAGAUUAUUUUCAGUUUUCUAGUCAUCAUUCAAGUGUCUCUAGAAACAGUUUUAUUUUUUCUUCUCAGUUCAGUCCCUUUGCUUUGUGUUUCUUCCCUGUUGUACUAACUCAUACUUCCAGUGCAUGUUGCCUAGAAGUGGACAUGAUGCCUGGUUCCUGAUCGCCAAGCUGUCAGUGUCCUUGCAUCAUGUUUAUUCUAGAGUUUUAUAGAUCUCCUUUGUCAAAAUGAGGAUGUUCAACUGUAUAUCUGAGUCUGCUAAGAACUUUGAAGAAUGGAUGUUGAAACUUAUCAGAUAUUUUUGCAUUUUUUUGGAUUUAUUAGUUUAUUUGAAAGUCAGAGUUACACAGAAAGAGAAAGAGAGGCAGAGAGAGAGAGAGAGUCUUCCAUCCGCUGAUUCACUCCCCAGUUGGCCACAACAGCUGGAGCUGGGCUAUCCAAAGCCAGGACAGGAACUUCUUCUGGGUCUCCCACAUGGGUAAAGAGGUCCAAGGAGUUGGGCCAUCUUCUACUGCUUUCCCAGGCCACAGCAGAGAGCUGGAUCUGAAGUGGAGCAGUCGGGACUCAAACCUGUGCCCGUAUGGGAAAGCAGCUCUGCAGGCAGCGGCUUUACCCACUAUGCCACAGCACUGACCCCUAUUUUUUGCAUUAUUAAAAUGUAUAAUCUUUAUCCUUUAAUUUAUUGAUAGAAAAAAACAUUUGUAUAUAUGCAUAUAAAGUUUGCUUUAAAUAAAAGGUUUAUGCAAGUGAGACUUAAUUACAUACACAUGAGCCUGCAGCAAGCCGUUCACUUAAGCUGAAUCAUUUUCUGUUGAGCUUUCAGACAGUUGAAUGACUGUAUAGUAACACUAUGUUCCAGUUUCUUUCCUAAGCACUUUGUGUAUAUAUCUCAUAAACCAAGUGGGACAGAUACUACUGCUAUGACUGUUUUUCACAUGAGAAUACUGUUUCUGAGAGCUACUAGUGAUGUGCCCAGGACACAGCUGGCGGGUGGCCAAGCUGGGAUUCACAUCUGGUACAAAUCUUCACAUCUUCAGACACUUGCUCUGAAGCCAUACCAGUGCCCAUCUCCUUUCAGUCAUCUCAUGAGAAACCGUGUUAUAAUGCUCUACCCUGCUCUACCUGGACAGUAGCCAGACUAGUUCCAAGGAAUAGUGUACCAUCCUAAAUACAUUUAUUAGGAAGCAAGGAAGAGAAAAAAUAAAUUGCCCCUUUAAGUUAAAAAACCAGGGUGGGGAGGUGGUAGACAGAUGGAAGUAUAGAAAAAGUAUAAAAAUUAAAAAAGAAUAAGGCCAGCGCCGCAGCACACUGGGCUAAUCCUCUGCCUGCGGUGCCGGCGCCCCAGAUUCUGGCCUCAGUCUGAGCGCCGGUUCUGUCCUGGUUGCUCCUCUUCCAGGCCAGCUCUCUGCUGUGGCCCGGGAGUGCAGUGGAGGAUGGCCCAAGUGCUUGGGCCCUGCGCCCACAUGGGAGACCGGGAGAAGCACCUGUCUCCUGGCUUUGGAUCAGCGUGGUGCGCCCACCGCAGCGGGCAUUGGGGGGUGAACCAACAGAGGAAGGAAGACUUUUCUCUCUGUCUCUCUCUCACUGUCCACUCUGCCUGUCAAAUAAAUAAAUAAAUAAACAAUGCUUCCUGUGAAACCAUAAGAUCAAAAUUAUGGUGCUUAUAUUUUGUACUUUUUUUUUUUUUUUUUUUUUUUU